GUACUUCUCUCCAGAACAGACAACACAUAAUUAAGGAGAAACAAGACACAAAGAGAACUAUGAUGAGAUUAGCCAUUCUAGUCGUAGCACUUUUUGCUGGGCUACAAUCCACAGUUGCAGUGACUACACAUGUGGUCGGAGACACCAGAGGGUGGGUGGUUCCUGCUGAGGGCCCCAUCUUUUACGUUGCUUGGUCUGCCAGGCAAACAUUCAUCCUCGGAGACAUUCUGUAUUUUAACUUCACGACUGGAGCGGAAGAUGUAGCGAGAGUGACGGCGGAGGCUUUCUUGACCUGCAAUUCAACAAACCCCAUAUCUCUUGUGAAAACGGGGCCGGCGAACUUCAGCCUGAAUUCUACCGGAGAAUACUACUUCAUAGGCACCUUGGACAGGCACUGCUUGCAGGGUCAAAAGCUGGCAAUCAACGUCACCACAUCUCCAGGACCUACUCCCAGUCCUACUUCCAGAACUGUACCUGAAAACUAUACCGUCGGGGAUAGAAUGGGAUGGAUCGUCCCACCCCUUGGCGAAAUCGCGUACAUCACAUGGGCUUACGACAAGACUUUCAUCGUCGGAGACAGUCUAGUGUUCAACUUUUUCAACGGAUCAGAUGACGUCGCCGUGGUGACAAAGGACGUUUAUAACAGCUGCAACACAAGCACCAGUCUUGCCGUUUACAACAAUAGUCCGGCAGCUAUCACCCUGAAGACAACCGGCGAGCAUUACUUCACAAGCACCUACAACUACCACUGCGAGUUCGGUCAAAAACUAGCCAUUAACGUCACCGGCAGCAGCACCGGCUCUCCACCUUCCACCCCCGGCAGUCCAUCUUCCGGCGCCGCAGCAGGUCCCAACGCCGCUCUACCACCUGUCAGUGCGGCCCCGUCUAGGAUUCCCACUAGCUAUUUACUCAUCCUCUUUCCCAUUGCCAUGGCAGUCUUCUAGGAAUUAUAUUAUUACUCUUGAAUUUCUUGUUGUUUUGUGUAUGGUUGAAUUUGUUCUUUGUUAUUUUGUAUCUACAUAUUCAUCUGAUCACAUGUUAUACAUGUAUAAAUAAUAUGAGGGUGUACUCAUUCCAUUCAGAUUAUAUAUAGAUUCUAUUUUUGUA